AUGACUACAGAACAAAACGUUGCUACGAAGCUCACUGGAGGAUUAAAAAGAUUAGGCCUACCGCAGGUCACUCUCCGAGGGAAAAGCAACGAUCUCUUACUUGGCUGGGACGAAUCGCCGUGGAAAACCUUCCAUCACGUAUUCAGUUGUGACCUCGCUGGCUCGGUUUCCAUAGUAAACUUCCGUACUCACCCAUCUCGAUUAAGGGCGAUACGAACCUUCAAGAAAGAUGAAGCCGACAUAAUGUUGGAAAAGCUCAAGAUUCUGCGACAGGAAAACGUUCAUCUUGCCCGCGAAUACUACAACUAUGGGAAUUCGGUCUAUGUAGUAUUUGAUGAUCUUCCUCUUACCUUGAAGCAAGUGGUCGCUUGUGAUUAUUAUCCAAACGAUCACGAAGUGUCCGCUAUCCUUGCACAGAUUCUCAGCGGUCUAUCUUAUUUACAUACACACGGAUUUGAUCAUCAGUCGCUGACAUGCUCCAAUAUCCUGCUCGGCAUGGAUGGCACUGUUCAAAUUGCGGGCCUGGAGUUCUGUGUGAAGAGUAGCCCGAACCAGUCGGACUCCAUCGAAUCCGUCGCAACGAUAGCCACCUUACUGAUGCAGAAAUAUGAAAAGUCAAGCGGUUCAAAAGGGAUAGGUGAUAUUGAGCGCUGGCCUAUCGAUUCUCAAGCCUUUCAAUUCCUACAAGAAACGGAUAAUGUUGAGACUGUCGACGAUUUAAAAGAGUAUAUUCUUGCGUCUGGGAAAUAUUCAAAGGAAGUCCUGGCUGGGUUGGCUCGCUUCACGCUAAUUUCUGCGCGGACAUCUUAUUCCUACCCGCCGAAGCCUUGA